AUGAAGAGAGAAAAAACGCCUAAGGAAACAAGGAAGAUUGCUGUGAAAAGGAAGGUCUUACAUGACUCUGAGUCUGACGAAGGAAGGGUAGAUGAUUAUUUUUGCCUGAUAUGUUGUGAACCGUUUGAUCAAAGUCGAGCUGGUGAGGAAUGGACCAUGUCUUCCAAUCGAGGUAGAGAGUUUUCAUUGCGGCAAGACGAAAUUACAGAAUUCCUGAUGGCUGACUACAGCGAUGAUGAGGAGGGUUUAGUCCUUGAUGAAGAGGAUCAAACUUUUUUAGAGCAAGAUAUAGACACGGGUAUUUUAACUGUUGAAAUUGAACCGGGGUCAGCAUCUCCAGAAGAGAAUAUUAUUGAAAAUCAACAGCCUAGUUCUAAUGUCCCUUAUUUCAACUGGCGAAAAAAUUCAUAUUCUCCGCAUAAUUUUUGUGAAAUGGAAGGGUAUAACUUCGGCGAGGUGCACAUUUUUGAUCAAACUUCUGAUACGGAACUGACUCCUGUAAAAAUUUUCAAUGCGGCUACAGGCUUCGAAAAAUUUGUAGAGGAGAUUAUUGUUCGUGAAUCCAUACGCUACGCUCAUCAAAAUGGAAGAUCUUUUACGUUGACUGAUGAAGAAGCCAAAGCUUUCUUCGGCAUGAACUUUGUGAUGGGGAAUCAUUGUUUACCUACAUUCAGGAGCUAUUGGUCUACAGAUCCUGACAUGGGAGUUCCUUACAUUGCUAAUGUGAUGCCUAUAAACCGCUUUGAAGAAAUACGUAGGAACUUGCAUUUUAGUGACAAUUCUAAUGAACCUAAUAGAACCGAUCCGUCUUAUGAUAGAGCAUUCAAAAUACGACCUGUUAUAGAUCAUUUCAACCAUGCUUUUCAAAGAGCUAUGGCUAACACCAAAACCCAGGCAAUAGACGAACACAUGAUCAAGUUCAAGGGGCAUAACAUAAUGAGGCAAUACGUAAAAAAUAAACCAAUAAACCUGGCGACGUUGCCACUAUAA